CACCGCCGGUCGCCAAGGCCGCCAUCUUAGCUUCCGAUCCGUUGACAGGGGAGAGAUGAUCCAAGGCGGGGAGGAGUGUGGAACGCGCGGCCAGCCAAUAGGAAGGGCUGUUGUUGGCAGGCGCAUUGGCUCUGGCUGAGCUGGGGUAGGGGAGGUGAGGAAAGCACUAUCCCUUCCCGUGACUGCUGCGGGGCCAGAAGGAUCAGAUUGCAAAGCAACAGUAGUUCCCCAGGAUUGCUUCAGGACAACAGCACUCUUAUCACUUAACUGACCCUUUGAUGACCUUGACGGAAGGUCAGCUUGUGUGCACACAUCACGUCCAUGUGGAUGGUGGUUUGAAUUGCUCCAUUUGGUGGCUGAAUCCUUGGUGAAGCGACUUCCAGUCAUUUGGAAAGGAUGGGAUGAAAAGGAACCUUGGUGAUAAUUUUGAUGUCUGCAAGAUUUAGUACCAGUGUAAUGGGAUUAUCGCUAACACCUUCACUGCAGAAAAAGCCACCUGGCGCUAUAACUGGCAGCAACUGCGAACUAAUCCUUUCCCAUCUCUUGGAUGUCAUUCAUGAAGCUCACAGUGAUUUCUACCCUGCUAGCUGUGAUUAAUUUCAUAAACAAGAAAAAAAAAUCAGGACCAGCAACACAACUCUAACACUGCUAUGUUGCGAGAUCUUGUGGGAAAGACCUUUCGACUUCUUGGAUACACCAUUCAGUAUGGGUGCAUAGCUCACUGUGCCUUCGAAUAUCUUGGAGGAAUUGUUGUGUGUUCAGGACCCUCAAUGGAGCCUACAAUUCAAAAUUCUGAUAUGGUGUUUUCAGAGAAUCUUAGCUACCAUUUUUCUAGCAUUCAGAAAGGUGAUAUUGUCAUUGCAAAAAACCCAGCUGACCCCAAAUCAAAUAUCUGUAAAAGAGUAAUGGGCUUGGAAGGAGAUAAAGUCUGUACAAGCAGUCCUUCAGAUUUUCUUAAGAUUCACAGUUAUGUACCUAAAGGACAUGUUUGGUUAGAAGGUGAUAAUCUUAGAAAUUCUACAGAUUCCAGAUGCUACGGCCCUGUUCCAUAUGGGUUGAUAAGAGGACGCAUUUGCUUUAAGCUUCCUAUACCUCCUGAAAAUGUCUGUGAAAGGUCUUCAGGGAUAUAUUUUCCUGCGGCACAGGUGGCUGCAGAAGGAAGGAGGAAUUGCUGAAAAUCGCUCCUCAGUGCACAUGAAGUGUUCCUUUCAUGCUACUCUUUAGACGUAGGCAAGUGAAUCUCAUUUGCCAUUCAUCCAGUUUGGUAAGAUCCUUUUGGAGGUGUUUAGUCUACUUGGAUUUUCACUAUCUUGAAUAACCUGUUGCUUACAAAACUGGCUACUUAGGAGUUAAUCUGAUUCCAAAUCAUUUAUGAUCUUGUCAAAUAGCACGACUUCCAGUACAGUCGCUUGAAGGAUCCCACUUCUUACUACCAUUUACUCUUACAUGGUCUUUACUCAAUCACUGCAGGGGCGUAACUAUAAUAGGGCAAGGGGAGACAGUUGUCUGGGGACCCACUGCCUGGUGGGGGGGCCCAGAGGCAAGUCACAUGACUCCUCCAGCCACGCCCCCCCGGCUUCCUUCAGUUGUAUUUAUCCUCCGAAAUUGAUGUGAGUGUUAAGACCAGAACAGCAUGUCUUUCUUUAGUACCAUUAAAUGUCUUGCAUCGUCCACAACUUACAAAACCUUAAAAAAAAAUUUAGGAUGAUGUUCUAUUGUAGCACAUAGGUUACUAUGCUUUUUGUUACCACAAUUCAGCCUCAUUUAAGAUUUCUUUACUUCAUAAGCUGAGCUUCAGUGAGUGGGGGGCCCAUUCUAAAAUUUUAUCUCUGGGCCCAUUCCAACCUUGCUACACCCCUGAAUCACUGAUUCAGAAGAAGACGUAUCCGCCAAUCCUAAUCCUUUAUCUAGGAGUCUUUGAUGAGGAACAUAAGACUUUCAGAAUGCUUUUGACAAAGUAUAUAGUGUCCACCAGUCCCAUACUUUGACAGUGAUUGUCUUGAUGCACAGCAUUCUCACACUGGAAUGUUUUAUGUUAGGGCUGUUGUGGAAAUGCAGGCAAUCCCAACACUGUUGAGAAUUAGUGAGUGCACAAGCAGUGCUGUUACAAAGGGGGAUUUUGUGUGCCCCUCUGGUAGGUUUGGUUAUAAAGCAGGAAGUCUUUCCCAGAGGCACUGACAGACGCAGACUUUGGUCAUCUAAUGAAUAUACCUUAUUGAAUCCGAAGAGACACAUUGAGAAUAGAAAACAUGCAGGCCAUUCCCACAUGACUCAACAUGCAAGAUGAAACGUGUCUAAACUUAACUUCUAUUAUUCUUUCAUAUAAUAAAUUAAUAUAGAUGUUUGUGUGUUUGUGGAGUGGAGCAUGGAUUCUUUGAUAGGUUGUAAAGUGUAGACUCUGACGUGUGGUUGAUGUGGAUUCUCUAAUAUGAGUACUCAAUCUAAAAAUAGAGAGAAGAGAGCAUGUGGGGUUUAUCCUAACAGAUGGAUGGGGUUGAAGACCUAGAUCAUGAGAACAUAGAUCAUAAGACUAUUCCAAAUCAGCUUGGUCCAAUGAACACUCAAAAGCAUUAAAACACAUGUGGGGUGGUGGUGGGGGAGAACUGGCAUGGUACGGGCUGGGAACUGACCAUG